AUGGCCGCAUGGCUGGCGGCAGGGAAGGACGCGCCGCCGAACAGGAACAACGAGCCCCCGACGGCAGCCUUCGGCGCCGACACCCGCAGAGGCGCAGAGAUCAUUAGACGGAGGGACGGAGAAUCCAAAGAUCUGAGGACACAGGAAUGGGGGAAGAUGUCACAGGCGGUUGGCGUCCGUGGUCGCCCGCGCGUCUUAUACCUGAUUUUCGACAGGUUGGAGAUAAGAAUAGAGGAGAUCAAAGACUCCCACGAGUAUGUAUGUGUACUACGAGCUCUUGCCUGUGCUGUGCUCCCCGUGAGCCUGGAGACGAUGGACGCCUUGCUGGCUCCGUUCUUCCCUGUGUUGGAGAAGUCGACGGAUCGGGUGGUGGUUACUGGAGAGCGGCAGUCGGUUGCUUGCCUUGAGAUGGUGAGGAAAGGUGAGGAGGUGGAGAAGGGUAGUGCCGAGGAGAAGCUCGGGAAAGUUGGAUUGCUGUUUGGAUUCAGUAAGAGGUUCCUGGAUAUUGGUGCAAAGGGCAAAGGCAGAGACGGUGCAAUCGAACGGAAGGUGGUCUUUGGGUUGAGGGAUGCAUUUGUGAAGAUUGAGAAGGGUUUGCAGCGAUCUGGUCUUGAGAUCCCUGUGCCGAAGUCUGAGGCUACCGAGGAAAAGGCACAAAAGAAGAAGAAGAAAGCCAAGAAGGCUGCAUUGGCUGAAGGUGAGAUGGAGGAGGCCAAGGUUUUGAAGCCUGAGAAGAAGGUAAAGCAAAACAAGAAGAAGAAAGAGAAGAAGAAGAAAAAGAGGAAGGUGGAGGUUGUCGAUCAAGGGAACGCCACUGAGAAGAGUACGAUGGGUGAUGGUAUUGAUGGCAUUACAUUUGAUGAGGCAUUAAAGUCCAAUCUGCAGAAGCAGUUUGAGAUGGCUGCAGCAGAAGCUGGUAUGGCCAAAGGGGGCAGCAGCUCAAGCGCUUCACCAGUGACAGCCGUUAGUGAGAAAGUCGCAACAAAGAGGAAGCGUUCAAGAUCUGCUGAUAAGCUGUCUGAAGCUUCUGAUGGGGACGAUGGCAGCGAAGUGUUUGAGGCUGCCACCUUCGGCUCCUCCAAGAGGAAGCGCACUGAAAAAGGGCGUUUGGCGAGGGCCCAUAGCCCCAUAGCACCGACGCCAUUGAAGAAGGCUAAGCCAAAGGCAAAAUCUGCAAAGGUCUUGAAGAAGCAGCCUUCAUCUGCUGUGAAGCGCUUGCGCAAGUUGCAGUGUUUCUCAGCAUGA